AUGUCUUCGACAACAACUGCAAAGCCUGAUUUUGUACCAAUACCAUCAUAUAUUGCAUUAGCAUUUAUCGGUGCUGUAGUACUUGUCGGUUUCGUUGCACGAUGUCUUGCAGUAAAUCAUUCGACUAUUGGAGCACAUAAUCAAGAUUUAAUGAUAUAUCAACCAGCACCAAAACCAGUGCAAGCACCAAGAGUUAGACGUUCAUCAAUAGAACAAAUAUCGGAGCCUAAUAGUGGUGUUCUAAAUCCAAGAUCAUCAUCAGACGAUCCUGUAACACCAGUUCGAGUUCAACGCGGACCAAGAAACCUUUAA